ACAUCGAAGUGACGUACACCACGACGCCGCGUCUCUUUGUUGGUUCCUCUAGUGGCGAGGUUUGUUGUUGUUUUCACUGCAGCUGAAAAACACAAGCGCGACGUGAUCGUUUUUGUUUUGAUCCAUUUCACAGCAAGCAAGCGGGCUAAACAUUUCAAGCCUCUACACUUGCUUGUGACACCACGAUAUCAACCUUGUAAUGGACUCAGACGAGGGCUAUAACUAUGAAUUUGACGAAGACGAGGAAGAGGAAUGCAGCGAAGACAGCGGCGCAGAGGAACCGGGGGACGACACCCUGGAGCUAGGCGAGGACGAGGUGGAGCUUGUCGAUCCCGCAGAGGCUGGAGGGGAGCGGGACGAGGGGUUAGAGACCGGGGGAAGUGGCCAUGGCCCUGGGCAAGAGGAAGAGGACUACCGAUUUGAAGUGCUGACUGCUGAGCAGAUCCUUCAACAUAUGGUGGAGUGUAUUAGGGAGGUGAACGAUGUCAUACAGAAUCCUGCAACCAUCACCAGAAUCCUUCUUAGUCACUUCAACUGGGACAAAGAGAAGCUAAUGGAGAGGUAUUUUGAUGGCAACGUGGAUAGGCUGUUCUCAGAGUGCCAUGUCAUUAACCCCAGUAAGAAGUCGAAGACCAGAUUGAUGAGCACCAGAUUGUCUGCCCAGGACCUGCCAUGUCAGAUUUGCUAUCUGAACUACCCCAACUCGUAUUUCACUGGUCUGGAGUGUGGACACAAGUUCUGCAUGCAGUGCUGGGGAGAUUAUCUAACAACCAAAAUCAUAGAGGAAGGAAUGGGACAGACAAUCUCCUGUCCGGCCCAUAGUUGUGAUAUCUUAGUGGAUGACAACACAGUCAUGCGUCUCAUUACAGACUCUAAAGUGAAGCUGAAGUACCAACAUUUAAUUACCAAUAGUUUUGUAGAGUGCAAUAGACUGUUGAAGUGGUGUCCUGCUCCUGACUGUCACCAUGUUGUCAAGGUCCAGUAUCCAGACGCCAAGCCUGUCAGGUGCAAGUGUGGACGACAGUUCUGCUUCAACUGUGGGGAGAACUGGCACGACCCUGUCAAGUGUAAGUGGCUGAGAAAGUGGAUUAAAAAGUGUGACGAUGACAGUGAAACAUCCAACUGGAUUGCAGCUAACACCAAGGAGUGUCCAAAGUGUCAUGUGACCAUCGAGAAGGAUGGCGGCUGCAACCACAUGGUGUGUCGGAACCAGAGCUGUAAAGCAGAGUUCUGUUGGGUCUGUCUGGGGCCCUGGGAGCCUCAUGGGUCCGCAUGGUACAACUGCAAUCGAUACAACGAGGAUGACGCCAAGGCUGCUAGAGACGCCCAGGAGCGCUCCAGAGCAAUGCUGCAGAGGUACCUGUUCUACUGCAACCGCUACAUGAACCACAUGCAGUCGCUUCGCUUCGAGCACAAGCUGUACGCCGGAGUGAAGGCCAAGAUGGAGGAGAUGCAGCAGCACAACAUGUCCUGGAUUGAGGUGCAGUUCCUGAAGAAGGCCGUGGACGUGCUGUGUCAGUGCCGCUCCACUCUCAUGUUCACCUACGUCUUCGCCUUCUACCUCAAGAAGAACAACCAGUCCAUCAUCUUCGAGAACAACCAGGCGGACCUUGAGAACUGCACAGAGACGUUGUCUGGAUACCUGGAGAGAGACAUUUCCCAGGAUUCCUUGCAGGAUAUCAAGCAGAAAGUACAGGACAAAUACAGAUAUUGUGAGAGCCGGCGGAGGGUCCUUCUACACCAUGUACAUGAAGGCUAUGAGAAGGACCAGUGGGAGUACAUAGAGGAUUGAGGACAGGUCUCCUCCUCCACAACAGGAACUGAAUCUCAGAGUAUCUGUCCUCCAACUAUAUUGGUCUGUUCUUUGCCCUCUGGACCAGCUUUACAGAGAGUCUCUGUGUUCUAUAAAUGUUCCUUUCUACACCAUGGACUGUCUCAAGAGAAUGAACUAUCUCUUCCCUCUACCUGUUCCACAGCACAGCUCCUUGGAAUAUCUCUGGUCUAGAAUAUCCCUGCCCUCUAUGUUCACCACAAUGCCAAUGAAUAUCUCUGGUCUAGAACAUCUCUGCUCUCUUUCACCACAACACCACAGAAUAUCUCUGUUCUAGAAUUUAUCUGCCCUUUCAUCUGCAGUUGCAUUUCUUCCUUCCUGGUUUUCUUUAGUGUGAACUUCAAAACAUGAAUCAUAUUUCAAUAAAAACUGGUAGAAUAUUACAUAUUAAGCGCGCAUCAGAAUUGUAAGCCGCAGGGUGGUGUGUGACAAGCAAGAAAAGUCUAUGUACAGAAAAACACUGUCUCCCCUCAGAUAUCUUCCUUCUGAAUUCUCUUGGAUGCUUUCUUCUGAUUUAUAUUUAUAUACAUCUUCAAUUGUCCUGGCAGCUGUAUGUCUGAAUGGCUGAAUGGAGAUUGCCUGAUUUUUAAGGGGCAAAACAUUUUUGGAACAAAAACAAUAGCUAAACAUUUACAAGGAAAAUAGCAAAUCGUAUUUUUUAAUUUGUAAAUAAGGCAUAACGUAAGCAUGGAAGUUAAAGAGCAAAAAGUGGCUCAUAGGUUGCAUUUUUUUAAAUUUAGAAAUAUUUAUUCUUUAACAAUAUUCCAGAAACUCCAUGAUUUGCUGUAUAUUGUCCACUGGUGGAGACUGGGAGUGUUAAGCAGUUAUUCUUGUCAGUACAGCAACUUCUCUACCCUCUAUUUGUCCAUGGAUGUGGCCAAUAAGUCAAUGGACAUCCAUACAAGCAUCAUCCUCAAGCCUUUACCUCAACAUUGUGUGAAAUACAGAUACAAAUAAUAGACAAAAUGUUGGCUAAUUUGCCUAGAUAGAAAUAAGGACAUUUCAGGUUUUUUGUCCAUAGCAUUUCAAUUGGCUUGGUUGAGUUUCAUUAAGCUCUUUACCAGAUCAGUAGAGCUUUAGAAAAGAAGCACUGCACCAGACAGAAAUACUUCACCAGGCAAAACCGACUGCCCUUGACAAACAGACUGCCUUUGACAAACCGACUGCCUUUGACAAACAGACUGCCCCUGACAAACAGACUGCCCCAGACCGAAGACAGACUGCCCCAGACCGAAGACAGACUGCCCCAGACCGAAGACAGACUGCCCCAGACCGAAGACAGACUGCCCCAGACCGAAGACAGACUGCCCCAGACCGAAGACAGACUGCCCCAGACCGAAGACAGACUGCCUCAGACCAAAGACAGACAGCACCAGAUAGUCCAUUAACCCAACAAAGGGCCAUUGAUAUUGGAAGCUUUAGUCUUAGGUAUUCAAUCUGAGUGUGGAUUUGUGCAAUGCACCAUUUCAAGUUAUUUUCUGACUAAACCAACAUAUGCAGCCUUUACGGUGAAUGUGGUCUCUGCAAUUCACCGGAAGAAUGCUUUUAAAAUGUGCAUUUCUGACAAAGCACAAUGGUAUUGAAUGCUGGCCAUAUAGUUUGUGUGUGUGUGUGUGUGUGUGUGUACACACACACAUCUACAGGAUCUUACUGAAAAACUCACAAAUUCAACCAAAUCCAAAAUUGCCAAAGUCAGUUUGGACAAAAAGUUACAAUGUGGACGACAGAAAAAAAACUACACCCGCAAUAUUUUGUGUUUGUCACCACUGAUACAUUUUGCAAUUAAAUAGACAUAAAAUGGUCUUUUGGCGUUCCACUGAAGGUUAGGACUACUAUUAGUCUUAGUACAUUAAAUCACAUGUUUUUUGCUUCUCUAUUUAAAAUGUAGCUUUGUCUCAAAUUUUGACCUUUUUUAACAAAUUGACGCAUUUUCAUUUGCUUGGUCAAUUUCAUGGAAAUUUGCAUUUGGAUGAAUUUGUGCAUUUUUCUAGUUAGAUCACAUUGAUAUAUACACACAUUCAGUUGCUUCAGAAAGUACUCAGACCCCUUAACUUUCAACCCUCUAGUUUGUGUUAGAGACUUAAUUUAUAAUAGAUUUUUUUGCCAUCAAUCAAACCCAAUACCCCCAAGGUGAAAACAUUUAUUUACAAAUUUAAAACAUAAAUAUUUAAUUUAGUUCAUACACUUUGCUCAGUACUUUGUUGACGCUCUUUGGCAGCAAUCACAGCUUUGAUUCUUCUUGGUUAUGCCUCAACAAGCUUUGCACAUCUAGAUUUGGGCAGUUUCUGCCAUUCUUUCUUGAAGAUAGUCUCUUGCUUUCUCAGAUUGUAUGAGAAGCGUAAUUGAACUGCAAUAUUCAGGUCUUCUCACAGAUGUUCAGAUUCAACUUCGGCCUUUGGCUGGGGGUCACACAAGGAGUUGGCUGGGCCCCGCUGCAUUUAGCUUUUUUCCUUCCAUCCCUCAAUUCUGACCAUUCAGUCCCUGCUGCUGAGAAGCAUCCUCACAGCAUGAUGCUUCCACCACCAUGCCUCGCCUUAUGUAUGUUAGUAACCUGGUGAUGAGCAGUACCUUUUUUUUGCCAGAUGUAGUGUUUGGCAUUCAGCGCUAAUAUUUCGAUUUUGGUCGCGUCAGAUCAAAUAAUAUAUUUCCUCAUGCUCUGAGUCCUUUAAGUGCUGUUUGACAAACUCCAGGUGACAUGUCAUCUGCCUUUUAUUCAGGAGUGGCUUCCGUCUAGCCACUCUACCAUGAAGACCUGGAGUGAUGGAUUGCUACAGGGAUUGUUGUUCCAGGUUUUCUCAUACCUGCAGAGAAAAACUCUGAGGCUCUGUCAGUUUCUUCGGUCACUUCCCUGAACAAAACCCUUCUUCCCCGGUUAUGUAGUUUGGUUGGGCGGACAGCUCUAAUGAGAGUCUUGGUGGUUCCAAAAUUCUUGCUUUUAACACUGCUUCAAGUAACAUUAAACUUUUUUUAAUAUCCUUCCUGGCUUGGUAAAGAUAUAUCUUUCAGCACUGCAAUGACCCCAAGCACUUAGUCAAGACAAUGCUGGAGUGGAAUUCAUGGCUUGGUUUUUGCUCUGACAUCUACUGUGACGUGUGGGACCUUAAAUAGACCAGUGUGUGCCUUUCUAAAUCAUGUUGAAUUUGGCACAGAUGGACCCGUUUUUAAUUUUCAAUUAAUUGGCACAUAUUCCUAAAAACAUGUUUUCACUUUGCCAUUACGGGAUAUUGUGUAUAUUGAUGGAGAAAAAUGAUUAUCUUUCUAUCCAUCAAUCUAUAUAUAUACACACAAGCAUACAUACACACAAUCACAGACAAACACACAAGGACAAAUGCAUUCUUAGAGGCUUAGUGUCAUGCAGUAAACUAAUCCUUUCCUGCACGCUUCUUCUCCACUCUUUUGCUGUCUCUCAACUUUACUCUAAUGUUUAACAUGUGUAUAUGACACAAGUAAUUAUUUUUCAGCGCAGAAUUGAGGCUUUUGGCUAAUAGUGAUACUGAUAAAAAAAAAGAAGGCAAUUUUGUUUGCUCAGGUGGAGGAGAGAAAUCCAUUGGCUGUGAAUGACCAUCUCUGGAACUUCGUGACUUCGUGACACUGCUGUCAUGCUUCUCUGUAGGGCGUGCUGAAUUUACAAUAACGUUGACAAUGGCAAUGACCUAUCCAGUUUGCACUUUAAUGUCGUGUUGGGGUCCUGGCACAGUCUGCUUGUCAGCCCUGUCCUUGGCUGGCCUAGUGACAGGAUCUGGUAACCUCCAUAGGAGUUGUAAGACAGCACUAGAAGAUGAGGCCGUAUCCACCAAGAUGAUCUAGGAAGCUGAGUUUUAGAUCAUAAUGAAUCUGUCUGUAUCAUCUUAUUCAUUACCGGUGUAACUUACAGAUCCUAGAUGAGCACACUGAGACGCUGUUGAUGUGGCCACUGGCUAGGGCGGAAUUUCCGAGCUACAGCUGUGUAGUCAUGGAGGUCGUUUUGUUCAAAGUUUUGUUUUAUAAGGGUUUUUUGUUGCCCCCGAACAGUUUCUCUUGUCUGAGAUGUCUUUGUUUUCAACCCAAGAAGGCUUUUUGUGUGUUCAAUUAAUGAUUAAGAAAGCAUAGUUAAACAUUUACUGUUCUGAGUAAAAUAUCCUUACUUGGAAUAAUGUGUGUCAGUUGAGUAGAACUAGCUCUCAACUGAAAGGGUUUCGUGUUUUGAUUAUUGGAGAUAGCAUCAAAGCUAGAAGUUGCGCCAAUUUUAAUUUCACAUAAUGACCAUAGAGUUGGAUAGACAGCUCACUUAUCCUGUUAUGGUGUCUUCGACAGCAGUGGCAGCACCUUUAAGGCAUCUUUAUUUUGAAGUAGUUUAAUUGUUAUUAUCAUUUAGUGUUUGUAAAAAGGGUAUAUUAUAGUGAUAUACCACCACCACCACCAAUGAUUAGACAUUUAAUGGUUAGUCCCAAGUCAAAGAUUUGUCGGUUUUGCUAUUCUAUUUCUAAACAGUUCUUACUCAAAAAUCUCUGAAUUGGUUUUUGCUAGCUCUGAUAAAUAGCCCCCUGUUAUAAGUUGUUCCGAACCUAUGACUGGGGAAGCCCUCAAUGAAAAAAAUUAAAUAAAAAAAGUGUACAUAUAUUAACCUGCUAUGGUAGACUACAGUUCUCUAACUUUCUCUAUGGUUAACUUGUGUCAAAUGAUGUCUCCUUUAUGUUACUUGGCCCCGAUGACUAAAUAAUGAUUUGAUUUGAUCGAUUUUAUUUUAAACAGAUGUUUGUUUUUAGGCUGUGUCUUUCUGGCAGGUGCUGCCGUGUGUUCAGCGUCACACGUCUAUGAGAAACAUAAUGAGAUCAACCAUCUCUAGCCUACAGCCUUUUUGUCCCAGAUUACUCAGUUAACCCUGGUCCAAACUAGUCCCUAUGACAUGCAGAGAAAAGAGUGCCAUUUUUGGACGCGUCUAGCAUUUCAUGUUCUGUUUUCAUUAUCAUGUCUCUACACUAUGCUAGCUAGUCAUCAUGUCUCUACACUAUCCUAGCUAGUCAUCAUGUCUCUACACUAUUCUAGCUAGUCAUCAUGUCUCUACACUAUUCUAGCUAGUCAUCAUGUCUGUACAAUAUGCUAGCUAGUUGUCAUCAUAAUAUAUGUACAGUAUGCUAGGUAGUCAUCAUGUCUCUACCGAAUGCUAGCUAGUGUUCAUUAUCAUAAUAUAUGUACAGUAUGCUAGGUAGUUAUCAUCUGUACCAAAUGCUAGUUAGUUGUCCAUCAACAUUUCAACUUAACAUUCAAAAUAACAUCAAAAGCAGCUUCUUCCACUUGGUUAACCUUUUUCUACAUACAUUAUCUUUUCUUUAUGCUUUAUUAAAAAUGUUGUAUUUCUUAUUUACAUAGUGUAUACAAUGUGAAAGAGAUUAGUGGUUUGUUUUUGGACAGAAAAGACAUAUUAAAGCUAAGAAAUGUUGCAAAAGUAA